AUGGGUAUAGUUCAUAAGCUGAUCACAUCUGUUUCUGGGUUGUACAACAACAUCAACCCAAUCACACUCAGUGGUGUCAACGACGUAAUUGUUGUCGAAGGGGCAGACGGGUGCCUGAAGUGCACGGAAUUUCAGCUGAGGUUUGGAAGGCUGUACUUCUACGGGGCAAACAGUCAGGUGGUGCAUCUUUUUGUCAAUGGGAAGAUGUGUGACAUAACAAUGUCGAUAACAAACCAGGGAGAUCUGUGCUUUGAAAAGGGGACGGAAGAGGAGACAGUGACGGAUUACGAUGUUGUGCUUGACUACAACAACAAGCUCAUGAUGAUGUUUGACUCAGAUGAUGAACUGAUUCUGAACAAGAGGCUUGAGAACCUUUCGCUUGGAAAACAGUCUGAUGCGUAUACGAUGAACUUCGAUGUAAUGCUGCAGUGCAAAGAAAACAGCCUGAAGAUCGAAGAUGCAGAAUUCAAGCAGUAUCUCAAGAAGGAAAGAAUCAAAAACCUGAAGACUCGAAUGCAUGGAAGGGCGCUACGCAACGAGGAUGACGAUUCAUACAUUGGCUUCAAAAACAAAUUUGUGAAGUUUGGAUACCUGAUCAGCUCUGCAGAGCACUUUGAGUUUUUGAUAGGAAGAUACCGAUCAAUUCUGCAUAUUUUUACUGGCCUGUAUCUCUAUCCUCCAUUCAACAACAAAAUGUGUGACAAGAAGUGCAAGGGAUGUACGGGUGCAAGCGUAUCUUUUUCUUUGUGCCACAGCAAGAAGAUCCAGAACUCGUUGGAUUUUACAUUUGGCAUGUUUCUUGUUGACGAAGUUUCAAACACAGCGAACCUUGUUGCAAGAGUCCAAGGAUGUAAGAAAUGCAACUUCCGGUUUUACCUGCCAUAUGACACUUUCUGCAAGAUGUUUUUUGAGAUUCGGGGAUUGAAGAUCAACAAAGCAAAGAGGAUGAUGAAGAUUCUGGAGAAUGAGCACAACAGAGCGCUUGGAUGGAACAUAUUUGGCACCAAAAAGAUAAUCAAGAGGGAUGUGUCGUUUUCGUUGAGGCUUGACUCUGCAGAGCUCCGGAUGCUGAAUCUCAACGAGGGAAGAAAUCAAGUGGUUUUCAAGAUAGGAGGGCUGGAUAAGCAAUUGGAGGGGAAUAUAUAUUUAUGGAGAAGUGAUUCGAAAAUAAUAGUGUCUGAUAUUGAUGGAACAAUAACCAAGAGUGAUGUGUGGGGGCAUGUGUAUGGAAUGAUGGGGAAAGACUGGACACACAACGGAGUCGCAUCGCUAUACACGAAGAUAGUGAAGAAUGGAUAUAAAAUAGUGUAUCUGACGGCACGACCUCUUGAGCAGUCGUCGUCCACAAAGUCGUAUCUCAAGAGCAUAUGCCAGGAUGGAUGCAAGCUGCCCGAUGGGCCAGUGAUCCUAUCUCCUGAUGGGGUGUUUGCAGCCCUUUACCGAGAGCUGAUUAUAAGACGGCCAGAGGACUUCAAGAUUGCAUGCCUGAAAACAAUAAGGAAUCUUUUCAAGGGCACGAAUCCUUUUGUUGCGGGGUUUGGAAACAAAAUCACAGAUGUCAUCACAUACAAGGCGCUUGAGAUUCCUCUGUCAAGGAUUUUUACAAUCAAUCAUAAAGGAGAGCUGCAUGUCGAGCUUGUGAAGACAUUGUCUGGGACAUACCGCACAAUGAAUGACUUUGUGGACAGCAUGUUUCCGUAUUUAUCUAGCAAGACCAUUCCGUUUAUAGACCAUACAUUCAGCGACUUUUCAUGGUGGAAGUCGCAGUAA